AUGUCUGCCGUCGAAGAAUUCGAAACCAUCUUGAAACAGUUGCCUACCGUGAAGGCACCUGGUGUCUCCGGGACCAGAAUUAGAAAGUUGACCGAGUUGGCCUCCAAGAAUGUUGAAAUGGAAUCCCAAAUGGUUUCCAAGUUGUACGCCCAUUGCAAGGCCACCCCGUCGACCCACAAGCUCGGCGCCCUCUACGUGCUCGACUCGAUUCUCCGCGCCUACGCUACUGCUGCCCAGCAGGAGAACCAGACCGUCGGCGAAACGGCUCCCGAUGGCACCGCUGCCGCGGGUGUGUUCCAAAUCAGUCAGGUCGUGGACCUGCUCUUGAAGGACUCCUUAGAAUUCAUGGUUGACGAAGACGAGAGAAUCAAGGUCGGCAAGUUGCUCGACAUCUGGGAGAAGACCAACACGUUUGAAGUGUCUUUUGUAGCCCAGUUGAGAGCCAACUACUUCCCUACCACCACUCCAAAGGGCUCCCCAAAGGCGAGCUUGGUCAAGCCCGAAGCCCCAGCCGUGCCUGCGGCGCAGCCGUUUGUGCCUCCGGCUCCAGCGGCUGCCGCCAAGGACCCAGCAUCCAUCUUGGCUGCGUUGGCCAACUUGGCCGAUAAGAGCAAGUCGCCAAGCAACCCUAACACCGUUUUGUCUGCAAACUCCUCCUCCUCCGCCUCCUCCUCCGCCACCACCGCCGAUGACCCGUCUGCCAUCUUCAAUAUGUUGCAGCAGAUGCAGAAAGAGUCCGCUCCCGCUGCUCCGGCGCCAGCUCCUAUUAGCUUACCGCCACAGGACCAGGUCUUCAACCAGGGCAACCAAGGCGGCAGAAACUUCGACCAGCCGCCUCAGGGCCACGUUGUGGGUGAAAGAAACACCCCUGACAACCCGCACUUCCGUCCUAAGAAGCUCACCUACGACAACCUUCCUGCGGGCUCCAUCAAGGUGUUCUCCAGAACGUUGUUCCUCGGCGGUGUGCCGUCGUACAUGGACGAUCGCGAGUUGAUGUCGGUGUUGCGUCCGUUCGGUGAGGUGCAAUCAGUCAUCUUGAACUCUGAGCGCAAGCACGCGUUUGUCAAGGUGUACUCGCGUGCCGAGGCCGAGUCUGUGAUCAACGACUUUUCCAAGUCCUCCCAGUUGCCUAUCCGUGUCCGUUGGGGGGUUGGGUUUGGGCCACGUGAGUGCUGCGACUACCAGCACGGUGUAUCGAUCAUUCCGAUUUCCAUGUUAACCGAGGCCGAUAAGAAGUGGUGUGUCAAGGCCGAAUGGGGUGGCACCGACGGCGUUCCGUUGGAUAGUGGUAUGGUGAUGGACGAGCCAGAUAUCGAAAUCGGGACUGGUGUAUCGUCCAAGGCCAUUUCCAAGAAGAUGCCUACCAACUCGGCCAGAAACGGGCCAAAGUCCAACAAGCCGGGCGAGCCAGAAGAACGCUAUGUCAGCACUGAUUACCGUGGCGGGCAGCAGCCGGGUUUCAUGGCCGGGAUGGGUGCUGCCAACCCAUUGGCGAACAUGUGGGGCAACAACAACGGUCCUCAGCACCAACAGGGCCCUCCAGGCAUGGUGGCGCCGGGUAUGCAGAACCAGGCUCCGGCCCAGCCGGACUUUGCUGCCAUGAUGCAGACCAUGGCUGCCAUGAACGGCGGUCAGGCACCGGACUUUAACCAGAUGGCUGCCUUCUUCCAGCAACAACAAAGCCAGCAACGUUAA